AGCUUGUUCCAGCUGAUUAGUUUGUUUUGGUCAAAAAUAGCGUUCCAAAAUGAACAAAUUUCGCAAUUGCAUUGGCAAGCAUUGAAAUAGAGGAACAUUUGCGAAUGAAAAUGGGCAUUUGUCGUCUUUGCUUACGAAAUUCGUCGGAAAUGUCGCCGUUGUUCGAGACAUUCAUUGGAGAACAACUGUUGAUCGAAAUAAUCACUUCAAUCCUCGGAGUAGAGCUCGACAACAGCAUGGUUUUUCCGCGUCAAAUUUGCCAGGAUUGCCUCAAAAAUGUCAAUCUUCUGCACGACUUUUACAAAAAACUGAUUGAAACUCAAUCAUCGCUCAGUAAGUGGAGAAUGAAGAAUGAGGCGAUAGUUGAUCGGAAAAAUACUUAUGAAAAUGAUGAUGGCAAUAAUCAGAUCGCGUUCGCUGAAACGAAUCCAACUGAUGAGGACGAAAACAGUUGUAUGGUAACUAUAAACCGUAACGUACUUUCCGAGUCCAUUCAGGAGCGAGUAGAACAAUAUCCCAUUGACAUUAAAAUUGAACCAUCAGAUGAUGAUGAGAAGGGUCACAGCUGUAAGGAAGGAAAUGUAAAGUUAAGUCUUCGAAAGAAAAAACAAUCAAAUCUGCUCAAAUGUUUCAUCUGUGGGCCUAUUUUCGAAUGUGACGACAAGUUCAAUGUUCAUCUCCUGAAACACAAAGAGAUGCUACCGUAUGAAUGUUCUCACUGCACCACGGCGACACAUCCGAUAAUGCUUUCCAAUGUGAAUGCCCUCAACAAACAUUUCGAAUCGCAUUCGUUCAAAUACGUCUGCCCAGAGUGCCCGCUACGAUAUCGGUGGAGAAGUUCGCGCGACUAUCACGCGAAGAACUUUCACGAUAAGUCAACAGUCGCCACAAAUGUACGAAACAAUACAAAUGCGUAAUCUGCCAGAAGCUGUUCAACUCUCAGCUCAGCCUCCAGAGGCAUGAGCUAACACACAGGAUCAAGAAAGGCCGGUUUAUGUGUGACCGGUGUGAAAAAACUUACGACACUCUAGCCUUUUGCCUAAAACACGUAGCGAAAUGUGGAAGCAAUGUAAUUGAGCUGACUGCUUAGCUUGUGUUGGCAAUACAUUAUAUUUUGUAUAAUAAGAUGAUUAGGUUUACGAGUAACAUCAUUAUAUCAUUUGUUCGCUAUGCUAGAGAUUUGGUAAAUAGUGGUUAUUGGUGUACUUCUUUUUGGUAUGUGAUAAUAUUACGUCUUACUGGCUUAUUUUUCUAUUCUGCGAAUACAGUAAUCGUUCGCAAACUGGUCUGCUUUUUAACUCGGCGAACGUUAACACUCCUAUACUCGCGCAUUGGUCUGUCAGACCGAGAAAUCAAUAAUUCGUUCAUUUCUCAGAACAUAUCAACACUACGACUUUGCGAUUCUCUCUAGCUUCGUUAUUCGUCGUUCGUCAUUGUUGCGACGGUUACGAGCACAUACGUUAGACCCCUCGUUGCCACAGUUGACCCCAACGAUACCGUUGCUGGCGAGAUAGAUAGGAUCUGAUCGGCCAUCAUUCAUAAACCAAAUUGAACACAAGGUACACCAGUUUCCAGUUUCUAUUAUAUUUAUGCACAAUUGUUGAAGUUUAUAGUUUC